AUGGCUCCUAUUCGCAAACCAACUGUUAGAAAAGAGUGUCGAUGCUCUAUCUAUAAAAGCAAGACACUAGAAUUUGAUUGUGUAUCUGUUAAAACAUUUAAACGUCAUCAAGAAAAAGAUAAUCAUGAUAUUACACAUGUUCAAAUGCCCCAUGAAGACACAUGCGAUACAAUUAGUAGUGCUGUUUCUGAGCCUGUAAAUCAAGAGGAAGAUAGUUUUGAAUUUGAACAGGAAGAUGUUGAAAUGAAUUCUGAGCUUAGAAACCUAAGUGACACAAAUGACAUUUUGGAUAUACGGACAAGAAAUCAACCUUUCUCUGAAACAGAUUGCAUGUUUGGCUUUGAAGAUAAUGUCCAGUAUACAAGUGACACUUACGAAGAAGAAGAAGAAUAUGAAGAUGAAUCCGAUGUUGAGAUGGACAAUGAUGAAGGAGCUGUAAUCCUGAUUGCCAUAAUCAACGAGAUCCUGCAGUUUUUGUUUGACCCAUUCCGCCUUCCCGUGAGUGUUGCUGGCCUCAAACGUUUGGCCAGAUUUGAAGCGUUGACAAGUGGUGUCAAGAAGUAUGUUGCAUGUAGCAAAUGCCAUGCCAUAUAUGAUAAUGAAGCCGCCCCUUUGUGUUGUACAUCACCCAAUUUUGGCACUGCCAAAAGAAUGCUGGAGAGAUGGGUUGCAGAUGGAUUAAUCAACAAUAAAAAACUCGUUGCCAUGCAAAAGGCUGUUGAGAAGGUAGUGUUGCAACCCGAUUACACGUCACUUGGGACAAAGAUUGCCAAGGGAUUUCCCUAUAUGAAGGCUGAUGAGUGGAAGUUUUGGUGCCUUGUGUACUCUCCUGUGGUUCUAAGGGAUGUGUUGCUAUUGCCAGAGUUCAAGAACUGGAUAGAGUUUGUUAACACAUGCAGAUACUUCACCAAGCCUAGUGUUUCUGAAGAAGACAUUGAGAAAGGACACAAAUGCUUAGAAGAAUUCUGUAAAGGGUGUGAGACAUUGUACGACCUGGACCUUCUCUCUCCCAACAUGCACCUGCAUCUGCACUUAUGCCAAACAAUGAUUGACUUUGGGCCCGUCUAUGGCUAUUGGCUUUUCAGCUUUGAAAGGUACAAUAGUGUCCUGAAAAAUAUCAAGACCAAUCGAAGAAACGGGUUCGAAUCAACAUUUAUGAGACAGUUUAUUGAAGAGUCGUGGAAGGGAGAUUUUGUUUGUCAACUUCUGAAACCUAUGCAUGCACUUGCAUGUUUUGAAAUUUUCGAUAAGUUCACCACCAACAACAACAACACCAACACCAACACCAACACCAACACCAACACCAACACCUACCUCUCUUACUCUUUCUCAAUUUCCAAAUAUCUUGAAGCUUCACAGAAUCUUUCAAUGACAAUUCGUGGAAACGAGCCCCUACUACUAUCCGCCUUGCCAUUGAAAACAAGACCAUUAUCAUUUAUGCCAAAACAUGAAUAUGAUUGUCUUGUAGGAUACUAUCAAGCUGCGUACAAGAAUCCACAGAUCUCAGGUUGCAAAGAUGUAAUUGAUGACUCACCUUUCGUCAAUGACUGGAUUGAAAAGGUGAAGUUCGUUGAUCUUCUUGGGCAAAGCUACAAAGGGUGCAUUGGCAAGAAUGGCCACGGAUCAUAUAUACAAGCAUAUUUCACUGAACGAACUGGGUCGGAAUAUGCGUAUGUUGAAGAGAUUCAGUACCUUUUUGUUCACAAUUUUAGACCAACUGUUUCUUCUCUAACAUACAGAAAUCCCCAUAGUAGUCAGCAUGUAUUUGCAUUUGUCAAAUGGUUCAAAUCCACUUCGGACAAAACAAGAGAAUUAGAAGGAGUUAAGCUGUUACAGGAGGAAUUCUACAAGCAAGAUUUUCAAAGCAUCCUAACAGAACAUAGUAAAAAAGAAAAUGUUUAUUCAUCAUUGAUUGCCCAACGAGGCAAUGACUGGGACAGGGUGGCAGGAACAGAGCAAGGCAACAAUGUUGCUGGAUAUCUGUUCAUUCUUGGCUUUGUUCCCAUGCCCGCAUUUGACACGUGA